UCUCUGCUUAAAAAUCUUUCAGAUGUUAUCUAACUAUUACAAAGGCAAUUCAACAGAACUUUUAAAUGGAACUAUGCUCCGAUUUUAAAUGUCUUCGUUGCUAGUAGACCGUGUGAUUGAACUCCAGAAAAUUUAACCGAGCCCGUCCAUCUUCGCCCAUAAAGUCACCACUCACUAGUCCAAAUCCUCACCAAUCUAAGGGGAGAGAGAGAGAGAGAGAGCGCAAUGGAUGCGGCCAAAUCCCAGGGAGUGGUGAAGCACAUAUUGCUAGCCAAGUUCAAAGAUGGAAUCCCACAAGACCAGAUCGACCAACUCAUCAAUGGCUACGCCAAACUCGUACAUCUCAUCGAACCGAUGAAGGCUUUCCACUGGGGAAAGGAUGUCAGCAUUGAGAACAUGCACCAAGGUUUCACGCAUGUUUUCGAAUCAACCUUUGAGAGCGUAGAAGGCAUUGCAGAGUACAUUUCCCAUCCUGCCCAUGUUGAAUUUGCGAACAUUUUCCUACCUGUGUUGGAUAAAGUCCUUGUUGUGGACUACAAACCCACUCCUAUCCAGCUUUGAAUGGGCAACAGCGUUGUCUUGAGCUUUCAUGCUUCUGUCUCUUAAUAACAAAUUGUUGUGUACCUCUGCCUUUUAGUGCAGUAAAGGCCAAACGUAUUAAUGUCCGUACAAUGAGUAUUUCUUGUGAGUUCGUUUGUAUGAUGACUUAUUUGUCAUGUUCGAUGAAUGUGAGAUUUUGAAUCUGGAAGUCA